UUGCCUCCUCAGAAGUGGAUCGUCUCACGUUGUGAACGUAGAGCAGUGCAGUGUACUUGCGAAUGGCAAGUCCACAAUGGCCCCCUCCUCCUCUUCUUCUCCUUCCUCUUCUCCUUCCACGCUUCCAACUUCUUCCCGCACCUGUCUUCCUCACAUCCUCUUCUAAUCUCUUCUCUUGAACGUUGAAAAAAGCAAAAAUUAAAACUUUAAAACCAGAGCUUUUCCUCUGUCUUCAGUUUCCUUCGUCUUGAUUUCAGCUCUCUUAGCUUCAGGAUUUUAAUGACCCGGGGGACCAGCUUCCUGACUUCUCUCUUCCCCACGGAAUCGUACUCUCUCUCUCUCUCUCUCUCUCUCUCUCUCUUCCGAAAACAGACUCGGUCUUUCCUUAUAAUCAUGCUGGAUUUUGCUUCCCUGAUUCCUUCCCCUUAUUUAACAACGGUAUAGUCUCUUGGUGUUUGUUUACACAAGUACAAAACAAGAUGAGUUAGCUCGGGAACUGGUUAACCUCUUCAAAAUCAAGCUGGUUCUGGAUCUACAUUGGCCUUCAAGAAGAGAGGUUAGGAGGGGUUGACGAUUGUGACUGGAGCUGCUGAUAAUAACUCUGACCCAUGAAGAACUUUCACGGCUUCACACAGAUUCAUAACCCCAAGAGGUCGGGGAGGAGGCUGUCGCUUGGAGAAUACAAGCGAGCUGUGUCAUGGUCCAAGUACUUGGUCUCUUCAGGGGCUGCCAUAAAGGGAGAGGGAGAAGAGGAAUGGAGUGCCGACCUGUCUCAGUUAUUCAUUGGAUCCAAAUUUGCUUCUGGAAGGCAUAGCAAGCUCUACAGAGGCAUUUACAAGCAAAAGGAUGUCGCCAUCAAGCUCAUAAGCCAGCCGGAGGAGGACGCCGACUUGGCUGCUUUGCUUGAAAAGCAAUUCAUUUCCGAGGUUGCUUUGCUCUUUCACUUGCACCAUCCCAACAUCAUCACUUUUUUGGCCGCUUGCAAGAAGCCUCCUGUGUUUUGUAUAAUUACUGAAUAUAUGGCCGGAGGAUCACUGAGAAGUUACCUGCAUCAGCAACAGCCUAAUUCGGUUCCGCUCAAUCUUGUUCUGAAAUUAGCCCUAGACAUUGCGAGGGGAAUGCAAUAUCUUCAUUCUGAGGGGGUGCUUCAUAGGGAUCUUAAAUCAGAGAACCUAUUGCUUGGGGAAGAUAUGUGUGUAAAAGUAGCAGAUUUUGGAAUCUCGUGCUUAGAAUCACAGAUUGGUAGCGCAAAAGGAUUCACAGGAACUUACCGUUGGAUGGCGCCCGAAAUGAUCAAAGAAAAGCAUCAUAGCAAGAAAGUAGAUGUCUAUAGCUUCGCCAUAGUCCUGUGGGAGCUCUUAACUGGACUGACCCCAUUUCACAACAUGACACCGGAACAGGCAGCUUAUGCAGUCUCACACAAGAAUGCAAGGCCGCCGUUACCAGCUGAAUGUCCAAAGGCAUUUAGUCAUCUGAUAAACAGGUGCUGGUCAAGCAAUCCAGAUAAAAGGCCACAUUUUGAUGAGAUUGUUUCUAUUUUGGAGAGCUAUAGUGAAUCCCUUGAAGAAGAUCCUGAGUUCUUCUCAACUUAUAAACCACCUUCUUCCAAUUCUCUUGUAAUGAGAUGCUUGCCAAAAUGUAAUAGUAGCAAUGGAUCUUCUUGAAAGGCUUAUCAGGUUCCUUUUCAGUUUGUGA